AUGGCGUUAUCUGAAGAAGAUAUUAGUUCUUCCGUCACUGAACCAGACGAAAACACGAGGGGUUUCACUUUUCAGCAGACGAUGAUUCGCGUAAAAGAUCCUAAAGUGUCGCUCGAUUUCUACACACGUGUGAUGGGCAUGAGGUCAGUUUGUACCAAUUUUUCAUGGAGCCCAUCUCUGUCUGCCUUUUUUGUCUUAAUGAGUCAAAGUAGCUUGUGCAAUUUUUACGAAUUAAGCUCAAAAGGUUUUGUCUGUAACAUUUCUCGGCAGCUAUCUCUCCGUGGGUGUGGAAGAAGUGGAAGAGAAGAGGGCUCAGGGGCGGGGGUUGGAGGUUUGUCCGCAAUUUCGGGUGAAGUAUGUGUGCUUCUUGAAAGUCCUAUCAAAUUUCAGACCAAAGAUAAGUGAAGUGAAUGGUGACCAAUUUUAGACCUUCAUCCUUAAGGUUGUACAAAUCAACAAAAUUUCAGAAUAAAAGGCUGCCCCACCCUUGGGAGAGCAGUGUAGAGAUGUAAACUCCAGAAUAGAGAGGCAAGGCCCUGCAAAACAAGUCUGAACUUUUUUAGGGGGUCACCUUCCCCUUCUUUAGGCAUCACUAAUUGUGCUCUAAAGCACAAUUAAUAAUAAUUAUGCAUUGGAAACAAGCCAGAGAUAAAUUCUUAUUUCUCUAAUUUCAUUUAGGAAAGGUCUAAAUUGGCUUUCAUCUGGUAGAUUUUGUGACUUUCAUAGCAGAUGGGGGGUUAAUUUGUAUCUCAGGGGAUGGACUACCAGCUAUUGUUUUUUUUUUUUUUGUUUUUUUUUUUUUUUAAAUUUUUUGUCUCUUUUAUAUAGGCUUUUACAGAAGUAUCACUUCCCAGAAAUGAAGUUUUCCUUGUAUUUUCUUGGAUUUGAAGAAGCAUCAGCCACUCCAGAAGAUGCCGAUGAGAGGACCAAGUGGCUUUGUGCUCAAAAAGCAACUUUAGAAUUAACACAGUGAGUAAAAACUGUAAUAUAUUUGUGAUUUGAUAAGUGAUAGUCAAAAAAUUUGCCUUACGUUAAAGUGGUAAGGAAAAGUACCUUCAGACUGCAGAUGUUAAAUUGGAUGUUCCCAAGUAAAUGUGACAAGUUUUGAUGUUUGAUUACAAUGACAAUAUACUGCAUAUUUUCUUGUAUGUUUUGUCACCGGUAAUUUACAAGGCUCUUCUAAACUUAACUGAACCCCCUAGAGAUUUUGAAACUCUUUUUUGUGUCAACAGUAACUGGGGAACAGAGAAUGACCCUGAUUUGAAAUACCACAAUGGAAACUCUGAACCAAAAGGAUUUGGUGAGCAUCCUUUCUUUUAAAUUCUGUAGAAGGUAAAAGCAAUUUUGAGAGAAAUUCUUGCACAUGAUCCAUACAGCCCACAUUCUUAGAGCUUUUCCUAUUUUUGAAAGCAUGUUUUGAUCAGGAGUAAUAAUUAUUUUCAAGUUGUCAUUCAGGAUUCCCAAUUUCUUUGACAAUUUGCUAGCACCCAUUUAGACUAUAACAUGAAGAGAGACACUGAGUGUCUUGCCAAAGAACACCACUGAAAGACAUGCCCAGGCCUUGAACCCAAGCUUGGCAAACCAGAUAUCAAUGCACUAAUCAGAGAAAUCAAAGGCCAAUACAUCUUUGAGCCAUUAAUCCAAUGACUUAAUGUUACAAGAUGUCAAUGCCCUAAUCAAUGUGUCUUACUCCUAUUAAUCAAAUGACUUAAUUUUACACUGUCACAUUUAUGUUGACCAUAGAGGUAACCUUGAAUUCUAAAUUAUCCCUCAAUGAAACUACAUUGUUAAUAUAAAUUUCACUUUCAGUGUUUCGUCUCGUCCAGUGGUCAUAUAGUUAAAACAAAUAAGCUGCCUCCCCAAUGUAAAGUAGAUCUUAGGAAUGGACUCUGCUGAGUGUGAAGGUUUAAUCCACUCCAAAAAUUAGCAGGUUGUAAAGCCUAUAUAUACAUAAUGAGUUAUUCUUUGUUCAUCCUUUUCCCUUGUUAGGUCACAUUGGUUUCACUGUGCCUGAUGUGGACAAGGCCUGUGAGCAUUUUGAAAAGCUUGGGGUGAAAUUUGUCAAAAAACCUAAUGAUGGUAAGCUUGUAUGAUGUUUGUUAAGUAUGAAAUAUCUGCAUUUUAGUUUGUAGACUGUUGAUGUGUGGGAGGUAACAAGCUAAAGAAUGGAUAAUUAGCUGAUGAUAAACAACAAAAGCUGACAGUAACUAAGUGAUCUCUGUCCUAUCAUCCUUGCAUGGAGGCUCUAAUCAGUAUCUUUUUUAAAUGCUUUACGAGAGGAUUGUCUGAUUGCUAAGGAAAGGUCUUCAGAGAUUGAGAACUCAUUUGAACUCAUUUGAAUUCAUUCUAAUGCAUGAAUUUCUUUCCAAUUGGGCUCAGUAGUCUCGAUGAUUUUGAUUUAUUUUAACACAUUUACUUGCUCUUCUUCUUUCUAUCUGAAGGUAAAAUGAAAGGAAUUGCAUUUGUUGAAGAUCCUGAUGGCUACUGGAUUGAAAUUCUCAAUGGAGAAAAUCUUCUCAGUGUCACUAAAGCUUUUGCUUCUUAG